CUGCGCGCCCUCGGUCAGGACCUGGCCCCGGUUCCCUUCGGUGCCCGGUGUCCAUGGCGCUGAGCAAAGGGCUGCGGCUGCUGACCCGGCUGGACCCCACGGGUCCCGGCAGUGUGCUGCUGGAGGCGCGCGGCCGUGACGACUGCCUGCUCUUCGAGGCCGGCACCGUGGCCACGCUGGCUCCGGAAGAGAAGGAAGUCAUCAAAGGACAGUAUGGCAAGCUGACGGACGCCUAUGGCUGCCUCGGGGAGCUGAGGGUAAAACCCGGUGGGGUCCCCUUGAGCUUCCUGGUGUUGGUGACAGGCUGCACAUCAGUGGGCAGAAUUCCAGAUGCAGAGAUCUACAAAAUCACCGCCACCGAGUUUUGCCCCCUUCAGGAAGAGGCCAAAGAAGAGGACCGCCUGCUGGCCUUGAAGAAAAUCCUGAGCUCAGGGGUGUUUUAUUUUGCGUGGCCCAAUGACGGCUCCAGUUUUGAUCUGACCAUCAGGGCGCAGAAACAGGGCGAUGACUGCUCUGAAUGGGGGACCUCAUUCUUCUGGAACCAGCUCUUGCAUGUGCCCCUGAGGCAGCACCAGGUGAGCUGUUGUGACUGGUUGCUGAAAGUCAUCUGUGGGUUGGUGACCAUCCGCACAGUGUAUGCUUCCCACAAGCAGGCCAAGGCCUGCCUCAUCUCUCGCAUCAGUUGUGAACGAGCAGGCACUCGCUUCCUCACCCGCGGUGUGAACGACGAUGGCCACGUGUCCAACUUCGUGGAGACAGAGCAGACAAUUUACAUGGAUGAUGGAGUAUCGUCCUUUGUCCAGAUCCGAGGCUCUGUUCCGCUGUUCUGGGAGCAGCCGGGGCUUCAGGUUGGCUCCCAUCAUCUGAGACUACACAGAGGCCUAGAGGCCAACGCCCCUGCUUUCGAAAGGCACAUGGUGCUUCUGAAGGAACAGUAUGGCAAGCAGGUGGUCGUGAACCUGCUGGGAAGCAGAGGUGGUGAGGAGGUGCUCAACAGGGCCUUCAAGAAGUUGCUCUGGGCUUCUUGCCACGCAGGCGACACGCCUAUGAUAAAUUUUGACUUCCAUCAGUUUGCCAAAGGCGGGAAGCUAGAGAAAUUGGAGAACCUGUUGAGGCCUCAGUUGAAGUUACACUGGGAUGACUUUGGCGUGUUUGCGAAGGGCGAGAAUGUAAGUCCACGUUUCCAGGAAGGCACUCUGCGGAUGAACUGUCUCGACUGCCUGGACAGAACCAACACUGUACAGGGCUUUAUUGCCCUGGAGGUCCUUCAUCUGCAGCUUGAGAGCCUGGGGCUGAAUUCAAAGCCCAUCGUUGACCGCUUUGUGGAGUCCUUCAAAGCCAUGUGGUCUCUGAAUGGGCACGGCCUGAGCAAGGUGUUCACAGGGAGCAGGGCCCUGGAAGGAAAGGCCAAGGUGGGGAGACUGAAGGGCGGGGCCCAGUCCGUGUCUCGUACCAUCCAGUCCGGCUUCUCUGACGGGGCGAAGCAAGAGGCCAUUAAGCUCCUGCUGGUCGGGGAUGUCUACAAUGAAGAGUCCACAGACAAAGGAAGGAUGCUUCUGGACAACACGGCCCUUCUGGUGACACCCAGGAUCCUGAAGGCCAUGACAGAACGCCAGUCAGAAUUCACGAAUUUCAAGCGGGUCCAAAUUGCUGUGGGGACCUGGAACGUGAACGGAGGGAAGCAAUUCCGUACCAAUCUCCUGGGCACAGCGGAGCUCACGGACUGGCUUCUGGAUGCCCCCCGGCUCUCAGGAGCAGUGGACUCUCAGGGUGAGAAUGGUGAUGGCAGCCCAGCUGACAUAUUUGCCGUGGGAUUUGAAGAGAUGGUGGAGCUGAGUGCAGGAAAUAUUGUCAAUGCCAGCACCACCAACAGGAAGAUGUGGAGCGAGCAGCUGCAAAAAGCCAUCUCCCGCUCCCAUAGGUACAUCCUCCUGACCUCGGCACAGCUGGUGGGCGUCUGUCUUUAUAUCUUUGUACGCCCGUACCACGUCCCAUUCAUCAGGGAUGUGGCCAUCGACACUGUGAAGACUGGCAUGGGGGGAAAGGCGGGGAAUAAGGGUGCCGUGGGCAUCCGCUUCCAGUUCCACAGCACCAGCUUCUGCUUCAUCUGCAGCCACCUGACGGCCGGGCAGUCGCAGGUGAAGGAGAGGAAUGAAGACUACAGGGAGAUCACUCACAAGCUCUCAUUCCCUGCGGGGCGAAACAUCUUUUCCCACGAUUACGUGUUUUGGUGUGGCGAUUUCAACUACCGCAUCGAUCUUACCUAUGAAGAAGUCUUCUAUUUUGUUAAACGCCAGGACUGGAAGAAACUUAUGGAAUUUGACCAGUUACAGCUACAGAAGUCAAGUGGGAAAAUUUUUAAAGACUUUCAUGAAGGAACCAUUAACUUUGGACCCACCUACAAGUAUGAUGUUGGAUCAGCUGCCUACGAUACAAGUGACAAGUGCCGUACCCCAGCCUGGACAGAUAGGGUGCUGUGGUGGAGGAAGAAACACCCGUACGACAAGACAGCUGGAGAACUCAACCUUCUAGACAGUGAUCUAGAUGGCGACACCAGAAUCAGACACACCUGGUCUCCAGGAACUCUCAAGUACUACGGCCGUGCGGAGCUCCAAGCAUCUGAUCACAGGCCCGUGCUGGCCAUCGUGGAGGUGGAGGUGCAGGAGGUGGACGUGGGAGCCCGGGAGAGAGUUUUCCAGGAAGUGUCCUCUGUCCAAGGCCCACUGGAUGCCACCGUUGUUGUGAACCUCCAGUCGCCAACCCUAGAGGAGAAAAAUGAAUUUCCCGAGGACCUGCGCACAGAGCUUAUGCAGACUUUGGGGAAUUACGGGACGAUUAUUCUGGUCAGGAUCAACCAAGGGCAGAUGCUGGUGACUUUUGCAGACAGCCACUCGGCUCUCAGUGUGCUAGAUGUGGACGGGAUGAAGGUGAAAGGCAGAGCCGUGAAGAUCCGACCGAAGACCAAAGAUUGGCUAAAAGGCCUGAGGGAGGAGCUCAUCCGGAAGCGCGACAGCAUGGCCCCCGUGUCGCCUACUGCCAACUCCUGCUUGCUGGAGGAGAAUUUUGACUUCACGAGUCUGGACUACGAGUCAGAAGGGGAUGUUCUUGAAGACGACGACGAUUAUUUAGUGGAUGAGUUUGGCCAGCCUGUGGUCUCAGACGGUGAACUUGGUGGUGACGACUCUUCCGAUGUCAUGAGCUCCUCAGCCCCUGUCAGCAAAUCUCCAGCUCUAACUAAAAAGAAGCAACAGCCAACAUACAAAGACGACGCUGACCUGGCGAAGUUAAAGCAGGAGCUGGAAGUUGUUGGGGAUUUUCGCCACCGUUCUCCGAGCAGGUCCCUGUCCGUCCCCAAUAGGCCUCGGCCACCUCACCCACCACAGAGACCCCCCCCUCCAACUGGCUUGGUGGUGAAGAAGUCAGCCUCGGAUAUUUCCAUCUCCUCCGGCACUCACGGGCAGUAUUCAAUCUUGCAGACUGCGAAGCUUCUUCCAGGAGCACCUCAGCAACCACCCAAAGCUAGAACUGGAAUAAGUAAACCAUACAACGUCAAGCAGAUCAAGACCACUAAUGCUCAGGAGGCAGAAGCAGCAAUCCGGUGUCUCCUGGAAGCUAGCAGAGGUAUCCCAGAAGCAGCCCCAGGUGCCGUGCCCUUGAGGGACCAAGGGUCUUCUAAGCCAGAGGCCUCCCUGGGGCCCCCAGUCCUGCCCCGCCGGCCUGCUCCUAGGGUUCCUGCCAUCAAGAAACCAACUUUGAGGAGGACAGGAAAGCCCACCUCACCGGAAGAACAGUUCCAACAGCUGCCUGUCCAUUUUCCAGUCGCUUCCCAGGAAAUCAGCCUUGAGACCCCUUCUCCGAGGACAGUCCCUCAAGUCCCGCCUAUUCCCAAACCAAGAACUUUUCAGCCUGGGAGAGGCGUUGAGAGGAGGCCAAGCAGCAGCAAGACAGCACUCGAAGUUCCUCCCAUGACGGGUGGUGUGGAGUCCCCGCCUCCAGAGGCCCCGUCUCUGGCUCCCAAGGUGCCCCCAAGGAGGAAGAAAUCUGCGCCUGCAGCCUUCCACCUACAGGUCCUGCAGAGCAACAGCCAACUUCUCCAGGGCCUCACAAGCCCCAGCUGCUCUCCGUCCCCACCGCAGCCUGACACCUACCCGCUCUGUCCUCAACUGGGUCUUCUCGGCGGCACGUCAUCUGCCGUAAGCCCCGAAACUGACGAGCCCAGGGGCGGGGUGGAGCCCAAGGCGGUCUUUUUCCAUGGCAACAAUCCAGAUCCCUUCUGGAGCCUGCUCCAUCACCCUAAACUGUUGGAUAAUACCUGGCUGUCCAAGAGCUCUGACCCUUUACACUUGGGGUCCAGGAACUCGGAGAGGACACACACAGACCCAGCACAGGUCAAUGCCUCAGUGGCUGAGAGGGGACUCCCACCAGACCAUGGGGAAAAAGAUUUUAGUCACUGGGUGACUGCCAGUAACAAAGACAAGAGGACAACAUUAGGCGUUUGACCCAUGGGCAAGAACACAACCUGUUGACUUUAAGACUCUCGUUCCAGAUGUUCGCCUUCCCCACGUGGGCAUCGCUUGACGUGGUCAAAGGGGACAUCCACUUAAAGUGGCACUGAAGCCCUUUGUGCGUCUGUCACUCGUGUGUAGUUUAUAGAAACUGUCUCCCAUUCAGUUCAGUUAUUCAGCAGCCACCAAAAUAUUUCAUUCAAGACCUGUGCAUUCUAAGGUUGUUCUCAGGGGACUGGGCAAUGUGCCAUUCCUUGCCUUUGGCAUGUGGAUUUUAAAGGAAAGAAAUCUAGCUGCCCAACUUGUUCUCACCCACUGAUUUUUAAACGGUUGUUCAACUCGUGUGUAUGCCAUUUGCUUGUUGGUUUUGUUUGUGUUUUACAGAUUUGGGAUGAGUGAUGGGUUCAUAAAGGAUAACAUUAAAAGCAGUUGGGACCAUUGGGAGCUGUCCUGGCCCACUUUAAAUCAGGUUAAGGAAGAAACACAGCUGAAAACAGCAGAAAGGUCAACAGCAUGCCUGGUCCUUGCACUCCCAUGAGCCACUUUUUUAUGAAGUUGCCCUUCAUAGCUGCAAGUGCUGCUGCUUCCGGCUCAGCAGAAAGACCUCGUCUGUACUGAACACGCAUGUGUUCUGUUAUUCCCUAAACACCACAGCACAACAAGUGAGCUGUCUGGACACAACUGCACAUGUACAAGAGGAUGUGUAGGAACUGUACAAAUUCUGUUGCCACUGGGGACUUGGGCAUCUAAGGAUUUGGGUCUCUCAGGGUGUGCGGGAACGGAUCUCCCGCAGACACUCGGGUGACUGCCCAUGUGCAUUGAUUACAAGACCUGUGGGAGGACUGUGGCUUGUGACGUGUGCACCAUGCGCUUCCGCUCCACUCAAACACGGACCAGCUGCCUCCUGCACGCCCUGUAUAUGGCCAUGGUCUUGAGCUGUGGUGUGCUGCUUGAACCAAUUUAUAUUCAUCCCCUGGAUGAAACCCCCUCCAGUUUGUCCACGUCCUAUAAAGGCACAAGAUGUGAAAACUCACAUGGGCCCAUGAUGACUGACCGUUGGUGUAGUAUAUGAUGUCUUCAAGGAAGCACCUCCAGGGUGUGGAAUGCGGACCUGGUGGCUGCACGGCUGUCAAGUCUGCUCAUUGCCCCCCUAAUUUCAUACAUUUCUAAUACUUCUCAAGAACUGACAAAGACACCAUGAUGCUGUCUUAUAUUUUAAAAAUAUUGUGAGGCCUAGAAUCUGUUUGAAGCAGAUAUCUCACUUCCAUGCCCCAAAAGUUCAUUAGCUGAAGAAGGCUGAGAGAUAGGAAGGUCACAAGGUCAAGACCAGCCUGGGAAACAGCAAGAUCCUUUUUCAGAAAGAAAUUCAUUAGCAAAUCUUACUAUGCCAACUUCUGUAACUGACACCAUAGACCCACACAGCAGUGAUCUGUGUUGCCGCUUUUGGGCAAUCCGGCAGGGAAUGCUACUGGUUGGGAUAGCCAUGGCCAUGAUGCCUGGGACGUAACACUCACUCUUUGUUACCCACCAGACUGCUGGGAGCUCAGAAAUGAUUUUCACUGUCACGUUCAAGGUAGUUUGUAAAUUAUUUGAACCUGGCAAUGAAGAACAAAACUCCAUGCAUCUACAUUCAUCUGAAAACUGAUCAGAACAAAAGGAGAUUAAGUAGGUAAUAUGCAUAUUUGGCAGUUACAAAAGAUGGUCGGGGCGCUGGAGAGAUGGCUCACGGUUAAGAGCACUGGCUGCUCUCCUAGAGGACCUAGGUUUGACUCACAGUCAUCUGUAACUCCAAUCCCACAGGAUCCAAUGUUCUUUUCUGGCCUCUUAAAGCACUGUAUGCUCAGACAUACAUGCAGGCAAAACACUAAUAAACAGAAAUAAAGGAAAAAAAUUAAAGAUGUGUAUAGAUGAUCAGAGUACUUUCUGUGGUGCCCAAGUGUUCUUUUAAAGGAUUGUGUGGUUCACCUCGUGUGUGUUCUACAAAUAAAAAAUGUAUAGAAAGCAUCUGGGGAGACAUGUAGGCUGCCGGAGAUGUUAAAAAAUGGGCCAUGACGUUUCUUCCCACACGUGCAAUCAUGAUAGAAGAUUCUUUUAUGUUUUUUUUUUUUUUUAAUUCAGAUGCCCUCUUCCUGCAUAUACCUUUUUCCCACCACAGAAGAGGUGAACUGGAUGGCAGAUACAUGUAACCCCGGUCAGAAAGGCGAUAGGGAAGUCCGGGGACAACUCCAGCUUGUAGAUUUCUUCUUUGUUCUACAUAGCAAUGGGCUGACGCAGAAGCCAGGAGCCCACGAGGCAAGUGCUCAUCAGAGAAGCAGCCACUGUAAGGAGGAACCCACGCCCAGGACUGUGGGCCACAAGGAAAAGUGCAGUACUGAAAAUUGAACAAGCUGGGUGUGGUGCUUCAAGCCUGUAAUCCCAGCACUCAGCAGGCAGAGGCAAGGGGAUCUCUGUGAGUUCGAGGCCAGCCCGGUCUACAUAGUGAGUUCCAGGACAGCCAGAGCUACAUAGUGAGACCCAUAAAUAGUGAGACCCAUUCUCGAGUGGGGAAAAGGACAGUUGGGAUGGCCUUGGUUUAGAAACAGUGCUUAUUACUAACUGGAGAGUGCCUUAAGUAGCGUUGGUUGCGUAAAUUCAGCAGAAAGCAGCCGCCACCCAGACGUCAUUCUGUGUCAGGAUUUUGGUCUUCAUUACUGUGAUUGCACAUUGCUAUUGCUCUGAAACAUGCUGCAGGUCACCGCAGGGGUGACGCUGACAGUCUCACAUGGUCUUUCUGACCCUAGUAGAACCUCCUUUUAGACUUCCUACACAUAAAAAAAAGUGACUGAGGGACUGGAGAGAUGGCUCAGAGGUUAAGAGCAUUACCUGCUCUUCCAAAGGUCCUGAGUUCAAUUCCCAGCAACCACAUGGUGGCUCACAGCCAUCUGUAAUGGGGCCUGGUGCCCUCUUCUGGCCUGCAGGCAUACACACAGACAGAAUAUUGUAUACAUAAUAAAUAAAUAAAUAAAUAAACGUUUAAAAAUAAAGUGACUGAAAUUAGGAAAUCUCAAGAAAUUUCUACAGAGGUUUAAAGUUGCUGAAGUUUGAGAUAUGUGUAAGGGAAGUCACGUGUUAAAGCUUUGGCUUUACGAUGGUCAUUUCAGUGGGGAGGAAAACCGUGAGAGACUAUAUACCCAGACUAGUGAUUAAUAAAAUCUGCACUGUGUUUUGAGUUGGUAAUUUGCCCUGAUGUUGGAUACAUUAUUAAACAUGUCUGUCUUUUUAAAAUUGGAAUUCUUUUCGGAUGUGAAGAGAACCCUGGACUCUUCUUUGGCCGGCCUUCCUCUACAUCAAAUGCAAUUGCUGGUUUUUUUGGGGUUUUUUUUGUGUUUUUUUUUUUUCGGUUUUUCGAGACAGGGUUUCUCUGUGGCUUUGGAGCCUGUCCUGGAACUAGCUGUGUCGACCAGGCUGGUCUCGAACUCACAGAGCCUGCCUCUGCCUCCCAAGUGUUGGGAUUAAAGGCGUGCGCCACCAUCGCUCGGCCUUGUUUUUUUUUUUUUUUUUUUUUUUUUGAGACAGAGUUUCUCUAUGUAGUCCUGGCUGUCCUGGGACUCCAUCUGUAGAUCAGGCUGGCCUCAAACUCACAGAGAACUGCCUGCCUCUCCCUCCUGAGUGCUGAAAAGGCCUGUGCCCCCACACCUGGCUGUAAUUGCUAGUUCUUACUGUGCGAUGUUCUGCUUUUCAACAAUCGAACUCAGUAGGAAAAACCAGGAGAAUAAGGUUAAAAAUUUAUGACUCAAUAGUCCAGGAGGUGGCGCAGGAGCCAGAGGUGCUUGCUGCCGAGCCUGAGAUCUGAGUUUGAUCUCCAAGGCUCAGAGUGGAAGGAGGGAACUAACUCCUCAGAGUUGUCCUUUGACCUAUGGGUGUGUGUGCUUGUGCACAUACGCACACACACUGAAACUAAAUGUAAAUGAACUGUAGAAUUUAUCAUGUGAAAGCUGCUUUCAGGGAUCACUGACAGAAAUGGCCCUGAAAUUAGGCUCCACGGUGUGAGACUUGGAGAGCCUAGACCAUCUUCUCAAGGCACUGAGGAGCAGAUGAACUGUGAGUGCGGUUCGCAUACAUUUCUUCACAGAAACAGAUGGGAGUCUGUACUCUUCAAAUUAAAGGGUGGUGGAACACGCCUUUAAUCCCAGCACUUGAGAGGCAGAUGUAGACUGAUCUCUGUGAGUUUAAGGCCAGCCUGGUCUGCAGAGUGAGUUCCAGGAUGGUGGAACCGUUACAUAGGGACACUAUCUCAAAAGAUAAAAAUUCUGCCCAUGUUUCUUCUAAUUAGUCAAAAUUCAGUUACUAAUGUUACGUCUUUUAGGAGUCAGAAUAUUCUGGUCAUCUCAAAAUGGUAAAAACCAGUAAGAAUUUCCUUUGUGUGACUUGGACCUGGCCAAGGAAGGGACCAGCAGACUGAGGAACCUUUGUUCCUAAGUGGUAGGAGCUGGACUCAAACACUACAAUGCCAGCUGUUGCCUGGGCUGAGCUCAGCAGCACGAGUCGUACAAGGAGUGACGCCAGCAGAGGAUCAGUGGAGAACUGACGUCAGGGAAUGCAGGUUCCCAUGUACCACCUGCCCCCACAGGUACAAGGAGUAAUGCCAGCAGAGAGUCAAUGGAGAACUGACGUCGGAAUGCGGGUUCCCAUGUACCACCCGCCCCCACAGGUAUUGCCACUGAUACGCUGCACCAUGACGCUGCAGCCAAUAAACCUACACCUGAUGCCAUUACCUCUGAUGGCCCUGGCUCAGCGUUAGGCUUCACUCUGUGCUGCAUUCUAAGGUAUGUAUGGUGACUUGGACCUUUGCCCCUAUGCAUCUCCCAACCCCAGUUCCUAGGAACCCACCCUUAUCUCUGUUGCUGCUCUUUGCAGAAUGUCAGAUUAGCAGUCAUACAGUAUGUGGCUUUUCCAUACCGGCUUCUUUUAACCCAGCGAGGGAGUGUAAGGGCUCUUCCUGUUGUUUCACUGGGCUGACAGCACAUUUCUUUUUAGCACUGAGUUUCUGCUUCCUGAAGAUCUUGGCGACUCCCAAGCAUUGUCAAUGUGUGGAUGAAGCUGCCAUAAAUAUCAAGGUGCGGGGUGUUGUGUGGGCAUCAAGUUUCUAGUCACCUGAUUAAUGUCUUCUAAGGGAGCGAAUGGUUCCCAGAGCAGGGGCAUCACUUCACAUUCCUGUCUCACAAGUCACAGUCCCCGUGGCUCUGCCUCCUUGUCCAUACUUGGCACUGUCCGGGAUUGCGACUGUUCUGGUGUGUACUGUACCUUUCUGGAUGAUGGCAUAUGGUGAUGAUUGCCUUAAUAACGCUUCUGAGUGUGUCUUUGGUGACAUGUCUGUCUGUGGCCCGGGCCAGGGGCUUCAUUUCCUUACUGCUGAGUUUUAAAAGUUGUGUAUUUUAGAUUAAAGUCUUUUAUAAACAAUUUCUCCCAGUUGCUUUUUCUGCAUUUUAAUUUCUUUCAACUGUUUCCUUUUUCUGCAUUUAAAUUUUUC